GUCUGGUAGAGUUUAUGCGUGUGCGACGCUGCCUGUGCUUCAGGCCUUGAGCCUUCAGGGGCGGCGUAUAUGCGUGUGGAGGCUAUUUAUGUUACCUCUCUUUCUUUUUUCGGUUGGAAAGCGGAAACAAAUCCACAGUCAAGCAUGAAAGUCAAGAUACAACCCUAGUUUCAGAACAAACUCUAAGCUUUCCCGCUCGAUUUAGGGUUUGAAAAUGCAAUCCUUCCCUAAAAAUGUCAACUUUGGUGGGAAUAUCGGCUUAAGAAUCUCAAACCAGUUUCUCCCUAGAUUUCUUCAGACAAACUGGGUUAGGAAAGGCAGUUUAAUCCAGCGUUCUGCAGACUACUCAUCAUCUGGUCCGGAAAGAUAUAUUCCGAAGAUAAACCCCAAAUUUGAAGAAAGAAAAGCUCUGCAUGAGCAAAAAUUAUUGAGAAGAAAACUGGAGGAGAUAUCUCAAGAUGGGGUUCCUUAUAAUUUUAAGCCUAGAACUGUCAAACUGAAUAAUGGAAACGUAGAGGAAAACAUGGAGAACAAGAAUUUUGAUAGCAAGGGUUUUAGGAGAUUAUUGAAUUUUGAAGAGACAUCACAAAAUGGGGUAUCCUCUGAUUCCAAGGCUCAAACUGUAAAAGCGAACAUGAAAUCCGGAGAUAUCGAGGAAAAUUUGGAGAAAAGAAAAUUCGAUAAUAAGGUUUUGGAGAGAAAUCCCACUUCUGAUGAGAUACCACUAAAUGGGGGUUCGGAUCAUUCCAAAGUCAAACCGAGUGAUCCUGGAAAUGUCGAAGAAUUCUCAGAGAAAAUGAAAUUUAAUAACAAAGUCUUUGAAAGCAAACAGAAUUUAGAUGAGAAAUCACCAAAGGGGAUUUCCUAUGAUUCCAAGGCUAAUGCUGUCAAACCAAGCAGUAUAUUUGAAGAAGCUGAGGAAUUCUUGGACCUGGAAGAGGAAGAACACAUUGAUGAUCCUGAAAUUUUAGAUGAAAAUGGAAAUGGUCAAGGAGAUGCGAAAAAACAUAGUAGAGACAUACAAGAUGCCGCAAAAGUUGCAAUUAAAGCACUUGCCAGAAGAGCAUGCACUGCACACGAGUUACGAAAGAAACUACUUGCGAAGGGGUUUUCUCCCUAUGUAAUUCAAAGUGUGUUAACUGAUUUUUACAUCAGGGGGUUUGUUAAUGAUGAUUUAUAUGCUGAAGCAUUUGCUCGGUCUAAAUGGUCUUCUUCAACUUGGGGACCUAGACGGAUCAAACAAACACUGCAUGAAAAAGGGGUGAGUGAUGCAGUUGCAGCGAAGGCAAUGAAACAUGUUUUUGAGGAUGACGAUUCUGGUGAAGAGAUGGUGUCUAGCCUUGGAAUGUCUAAGUCAUCAGUGAAUCAUCUUUUUGUCCAAUCUUCAAAACAGUGGAUGCGUAGUCAGGAUGUUCCGCUUGACAAGCGGAAGGCAAGAAUGACCAGGUGGUUACAAUACCGUGGUUUCGGCUGGGGUGUUAUCAAAUUCAUCUUAGGCAAGCUGGAGUCUCAAAACACGCACUAGGGCAUGCAGUUGCUUGAAUGUAAGGACAACCCUUUCGGUAAGUGGCCAUGCGAAUGUUUGAAAGAGUUUUAUUGAUUGACAAGAGAUGCGACCUAGUGAUUCCAUGUUAGCAAUUGAGUAAGUCUAAUCAGUCUUUACCCUGUAUUAUAGUUCUUACUUUAAUUGCAAGCUAACCCAGACCCAGGAUAUGAAUGGAAAAGUUCUACAUAGUUGUGAUCCAUGAUACCUUAAUGGAACAUAUCACUGUUACUUUGUAUGUAUAUGAAAAUCACUGCAUACCAGAUUCUCAUCUAACAUCAGAAUGAAUCCGACAGUUUGUCAGCUAAUACCAAUAUAUCUU